CUGAUACUCUCAACAGCACCGUCUUACAUUUACCGUUGCUUCUUCCGCAACUUAUUGACAAUCAUGUUCUUAAGUACUACGAACAAGUUCAGCCUGUUCCUGUUUUCAUAAUUUGUUUCCAGGCCAUGCCCACUCCGAAGCAGCCGCUUGGGAGUCGACUCGGUUGAGAGAACAACCUCCCAUCCUUUGGCUCAAGAAUGUUCUAGGUCAACACCCGAAAGGACAAUCUUUGCAGUCCCCACACGUCUCUCCGCUGCCCUACCAUAUCACCAUGAGCUCUAUAUUUUCACUACCGGAUGGACGAUGGACGUGAUGCGUUUGAUAACUACGGC